AUGCGAAAAACUGCUACAAUGAGAAAUCCGGGUGCUCAACAGGAUGUUAGUCUAUACUAUAGAGAAAACAAGAUUGAGACCACUCUGAGUCCGAAGAUUCAAACUGCAUUCAGUGCUGAUGACCAAGACGAUGAGAGAAUUCCAGAAGGCUUUAAUUGGGAUGAUUAUGAUCCUAACCGACCUUCAGUUUCUAAAGCAUUUGUUGCUCGAAUCUUUAAAGACUCAACCCCGGGAGAAGAAUCAAUCAAGUCUAAGAAAAGUCCUAGAAGACAACCGAUUUUUAAGUCUCCAGGAAAUAAAAUCGAGAUGUUGAAAGUGAAAAGGGCUGCUAGACUGAAGAGUGAAUUGGAAGCAAGAAGGGCUGCUGAAGAAAAAGCAAAAGUUGAAGAAAAACAGACACAGAAGGUCGAGGUUGAAGAGAAUGAAGUGAAGAUGGAAGUUGAGAAAGAAUCGAUUGUAAUUAAAAAGGUGGUGGAGAAAAUAGUUGAAAAAAUCGUCGAAGUCGAGAAAAUAGUUGAAGUUGAAAAGAUUGUAGAGGUUGAAAAACCUUGUGCAAAGUGUUUAGUAUCUUGCAAAGAUUGUGCUGAGAAAGAUACAAAGUUGGCUGAAUUGGAAAAGCUCAAAGAGAACUUACUGCAUAAUGUGAGAAGCAUAAAGGAAUCAUAUGAUCUCCUAAGCAGCAAAGUGAACUUGUACAAAGGAGCUUGUGAUGAAGAUAUUCAGACGAAAAAUCUUCUGAAAGCAACAGUGCUUCAAAAGCAAACUGCAAUCAACGGAUAUAUUGAGAUGAAUGCUGACCUGAAACAAGAAUUGGCAGCAAUGAAGAUUAAAACCGAAAGAGUGAACAAUUUACUUCGAAGUUAUCAAAGUUCAGAUUAUGUUAUUGAUCGUAUCUAUCUUGCCGUUGCAGCUCAUAAGUUUGCAGAUGAUAAAGGAAAUUCUGGAGCAAGUUCUGAAGAGGAUGAGGAGAAACCAUUCUUGAGACAGUCAAACAAGGAGUUUCUCGCUGAAAGAAAAAAGAAUAUGAUGAUGGAAUCUGAACCAAGAUCAGAGGAGCCACAUGUUGUGGUAAAUGAUGAGAAUUUUGUUCCGACGAUGGAUGAUGAAAACUUUCCACCAUUGUCAAAUGGAAACUUGAAAUCAAAAAAUGAUAAGAUUGAAAUUUCAGAACAAUUCUUCUCUGAUAAGGAAGAAUUUGAUGCUGAAAAGGCAUUUAAUGGCAAAGUGUUACACGUUUUUGGAAAGAUGACUGAUGGAAAGGUGAAGGGAGUGAAAGAAUUUUAUGAGUCAAAAAUUGUUAAACCAAAUGAGGAUGGUUCACCCAUGAUUGAUCAGGCAUGGGUUAUUGCAUGGAGGUUUGAGAGGUCAGAGAGACGUUUCGUCCUAAAGUUCUCUGACAGGAGAAGGGUGAAAGUCAAGACAAUCAAGGCCAUACUUAGUAUGGAUGAAGCCAUUCAGAGGGAUAUUCUGGCCCUUGGGAUUCCAGUGGCCUAUGAUUGUGAAAGGACUCGAAUGGUAAUAAGAAGAUUAAAGAGAAAAGUUCCAACAGAUGAUGAUGAUGAUGUUGACGAUACUGAUCUACCAAAAGUUAACAGUUGGAGUUUGGAUGAACAAUCAAGAACGGUGAAUCUUGCAAUGGCGUUGUUCAUGUAUCCAAUUUAUUCGCAUUUUCAUUGGUUGUUUAACAAUUAG